CAUGAAAUGUUAUGAACAUAAAUAAAACCAUUUUGCAGCCGAUCGGACCGGCUCCUUCACUUCCUAACCGCCCAUGAAGAAUGCUGCUUAAAAUGUAGAAGCUCUUUGCACUCCAAUCAGCCAACAUGGCACUGUCGUUAAGACCUUAUACCAACAAUAUUAGAGCGGAGUUAAAUAGAGCUUUAUGCAUUCAGUCUUUUCCAAGCCAAAAUAUAGAGCGUCACGUCAAGCCCGAGGUCGAAACACGCGACAACCCUGAGCUGUUGCUGCCUCCUGUGACCGUUUCGCGAUCAGAGCGCGAGGGAUGCCUUAUUGAGCCCUCCAUCAACUCUGUGCGCGUCAGCCUCCGCAUCGGCCAGCAGGACAUGCUGGAGGAGGAGCUCGUAAAGAUGUACCUACGGUUCCUCAUGCAGCGCGCCGAGUUGCUGGACGUCCUUCGGCGCGCCCCUGUUGACGGCUACGAUGUGUCGUUCCUCAUUACGGACCAGCACCUGCUGACGUACGGCAGACAGCGCCUGCUCGACUUCGUGGUGGCCUUCAUUGAGGAGAUGGAUGUGGAGAUUAGCUCCAUGAAGCUGGCCGUCAGCUCCCGGGGCCGCGCCGUUGCUACUGAGUUCCUGAGGUCGCUGGCGUUUUAGGCACGCGUUCAGGGGCCCUAUCCUUUGUGCCCCAGGCUUGACGUGUUGGCAUGGAAAGCUGGAAAGCCAGCGACUUUUAGCCUACGUCCAUUUUUCGCCCAAAGCAUGCGAGGAAGACGUUUAAGAAACGCUGGUUCCAACCCAUGGGGCCGGUAGUCACGGUCAGCAUUUCUGUGCAGGAUUACUGCGUGCGUGGCCUGCGAUAUGCAAUUUGCGGUUGCAUCUGGGCAGGAGGUCGAGCAAUAUGCAAUCUUGCUCGUACACUCUUACUGACACGUCAGGUCUCGUCUCGCCGCCUCCUGUGUGCAACGUUGAGCGAAAGCGAUUCGCUUAUGUGAUUGCAAUGUAACGGCUAACUGCUAUGGAUGACAACUGAAAUUGCAGCAAAAAGUGUUCCUAC